GCAGCGCCGCUGCUCCGUGGGAUCCGCGGGCUUCCUCUUCUCCACUGUGUUCAGCGAAUGUUUGCCUCGCAAACUGAGGGGGAGCUCAGAGUGACCCAAAUUCUCAAAGAAAGGUUUCCUGGAGCUACAGCUAUCCAAGUCACCGACAUUUCAGGCGGCUGUGGGGCGAUGUAUGAAAUCCGGAUCGAGUCAGAAGAAUUUAAGGAGAAGAGAACUGUCCAGCAGCACCAGAUGGUAAAUCAGGUCAGUAGAAGCAACACGGCUCCGUUGCCAUUGGUCUCCAGCAUCUUAAAGGGCCUGACGAGCAGGGAUGGUGUUUAACUGUCAGCCCUGGGAAAGAUUAAGGCAAUACCACGCUCAUGCAGACAGCAUUCAGGACCUGAGCAAAAUGUAAUCUGGAACUUACCUGGAAUCAGACGGUGGGCAAAUAGGAAUUUUAUUCAGAAUUGAAAAGAAGCCACCCAAUAGUUAUUUUGCAUUUCCUUCUGUAUUUUUUUGUAUAA